AUGUCAUGGACACAAGACAAUGGUAACAAGACUAAAAAGGGUGCUGAUGGUAGCAUAAAGGAUACAGGGGUUGGAUCACCAGUGGUUCUACGUAUUGAUUCCCAUGGGCACUUUUUGUACUGGACCUACCAGAAUAAGCAUUUGGAGUGCCUGGACAUCACCGUGAUCCAUGACACAAGAAUUGGAAAAUAUGCCAAAGUCCCGAAGAAUCCUAAAAUUCGUGAGAUUUUUAACGUAGAAAACCCGGAGUCUAAUUUCUAUUCCAAGUGUCUCACCGUGGUGUCAGGGCCUGAUUUUGUUAAUCUGACUUUCGACAACUUUGUUGCUUUCAAGGAAAAUGUGGUCAAGGGCUGGGCGGAUGAAAUCUUGAAUAUCGUUACCCAUCCACUGUGCCGCAAUCCUCCUCAGUCUGUCACCAUCAAUAAAAUGUUCACUAAAAUAAAGCUGUUUGUGAAUGAAGAGAGGAGGAUUCCAGUCAGAAACAUUUACCAGAUGUUUCCAGCUGACAGGAAGAGGGUAGAGGCAGCACUGGUUGCCAGUCAUCUCCCCAGUCUCAAGACCGACUUGAUCAAUCCAGAAGAUUUCACUGAAGUAGUCUUCAAACAGUUUCUGUCCCACCUGUGCCCAAGGCCUGAGGUUAAUCAGAUCUUCGAAUUGCUGGAUGUGUUGGUAAAGCCAUACUUGACUCGACAACAGUUGUCUACAUUUAUAAACAAGACACAGAGAGAUGCCCGGCUCAAUGAUUUUUUUUUUAAACCAUUGCAAUCUGAACAAAUCCAGAAUUUAAUUGACAAAUAUGAACCUGCCAAAAUGAAUUCACACAAAGGUCACAUAUCUCCAGAGGGGCUGAUCUGGUAUUUGUCUGGUCCAGAGAACAGUCUGCUAUACCCAGAGAGGCUGACGGUAUAUCAGGACAUGAUGCAGCCUCUGUCACAUUACUUCAUCAACUCCUCUCACAACACCUACCUCACUGCUGGCCAGUUCUCUGGGAUUUCCUCCCCAGAGAUGUAUCGCCAGGUCCUCCUCGCUGGCUGUCGUUGUUUGGAGCUUGACUGUUGGAAAGGACGGCCGCCAGAUGAAGAGCCAAUCAUCACGCAUGGUUUCACUAUGACAACAGAAAUUCUCUUCAAGGAUGUGAUUGAGGCUAUUGCAGAAAGUGCUUUCAAAACCUCCCAGUACCCAGUUGUACUGUCCUUUGAGAACCAUGUUGACUCCCCUAAACAGCAAGCUAAGAUGGCAGAAUACUGCCGAACAAUAUUUGGUGAUAUGUUACUGACAGAAACGAUGGAUAAAUACCCACUGAAGCCUGGUGCCCCCAUUCCCAGCCCCCAGGAACUGAUGGGCAAAAUCCUCAUCAAGAACAAGAAGAAUCAAGUGACCAGUCAGAGAAACCAAGAGGGGAAGAGGAGGAAGAGCAUGGAGCCAAUCUCAGAUCAGACAGUCCGGCCUGACUCAAUUCAGACAGGAGAACCUGCGGUGGAUCUAUGUGAGCUUGAAGAGGAGCCUGAGAAUAUUGAGCAGGAGGAGGAAGAGGAGGAGGAGGAGUUGAAGAAAAAUGAAUCUGACGAGGGCACCGCUGGCCAGGAAGUGAGAGCGUAUGAAGAGAUGUCCCGUCUAGUCAACUACAUUCAGCCUGUUAAGUUCGAGUCCUUUGAAGUGGCUAAGAAAAUAAACAAAUCCCACAUCAUCUCAUCGUUUACCGAGACCAAAGCUCUGGAUCUGCUCAUCAAAUUCCCCACUGAUUUUGUUGAGUACAACAAGAGACAAAUGAGUCGCAUUUACCCCAAGGGAACAAGGGUGGAUUCCUCGAACUACAUGCCCCAUGUCUUCUGGAAUGCUGGCUGUCAGAUGGUAGCUCUCAACUUCCAGACUGCAGAUAUACCCAUGCAACUGAACAGCUCGUUCUUUGAGUUCAAUGGGCGGAGUGGCUACAUUCUGAAACAUGAACUGCUGCGCUGUCUGGAGAAGGAGUUUAACCCCUUUGCUGAUCGGAUUGAUGUUGUUGUGUCGAGCACUGUAUCCAUCUUGAUUAUAUCAGGACAGUUUUUAUCGGAUCGUAACUCUAGAUUCUAUGUUGAGGUUGAGUUAUUUGGGCUCCAUAAUGAUCCUAAACGGAAAUACAGGACAAAAUUGAACACUGAGCAAAACUCUAUCAACCCCCAGUGGAGGGACGAGGAAACCUUUGUGUUUGAAAAGAUCCUCGUGCCAGAACUGGCUUUCAUAAGAAUUACCACUUUUGAAGAUAGUGGAAAAUUCAUUGGACACAGGAUUCUUCCAGUUACUGCUCUUCAGACAGGAUAUCGCUAUAUUGGCCUGCGGAGUGAGACUAACCAACCCCUCACCAUGCCGACUCUGUUUGUUCAUAUUGAAGUGAAAGACUACGUGCCUGACACUUGGGCAGAUUUAACCAAGGCUCUGGCUGACCCAAUUGAAUUUGUCUGCACAUUGAAAAAACAAUGCAGACAAGAUACACCAGCAGCACAUGAUCAGGAGAUAGUCAUGGAGGUGAAAGCAGAGAUACCAGACAGCAGCGAUGGAAUGAUGGACACCAGCGAGCUAAACAAGUUGGAGCCUCUGACUAUAGAUGAGCUUAAGACUCAUAAGACCUUUGUCAAAGUGCAGAGGAAGCAAGAGAAGGAACUGAAGGAACUGGAGAGGAAGAGUCAGAAGAAGAAAGAUGAUAUGAUACAGAAAUAUUCCAGCAGCUUCUCAGAACUACGCAAGAAAAAUUCCUAUCAUAACAGAGGGCAGAAGAAAAAAUGAAAUGGAGCAACGGCUGAGAAAGUGAGUGAGCUCGAGGACAAGCUGAAGGCCGAUUUACAGCAAGUGUGCACAGAGCAGUACAAACUCGUCAGGGACAGAAAAGAACAACACAUCUCCGAGCAAGUGGCCAAACUGAUGGAAAUAGCAAAAGAGAGGCAAACAGCGGCACUGAAGAGUUUAAAGGAGUCAGCUGAAAGUGAGAUGAAAGAAGUGAAGAAAAAGAUUGAGCUGAAGCGACAGGAGAAGAUUGAGACCAUGCUGAAAACCACAACGGAAAAGUGUACCCAAGAGAGGCGCAAGAAGGAGAUCAAUGAGCAACAUAUUCAGAUGUCAGUGAAAUUUUUCAAGCUGGCUUUAGUGAAUCAGUCGAAUGAUGAGAGCAAACUUGAAGAACAACACUCUGCUAAAUUAGAGGAAAUUAAGGAAAAGGAAAAAGAGUACCUGCAGGACGCCCAGAGUGAGUAUGAGGCAAAAAUGAGCGACGUGCCACAAGUGGUGGCGGAGCUGAGCAAGUCAAUCAUCGCCACCAGGUUCACGCUGGAGCUGCAGAGACUGCAGGAUCAAGGGAAAGAUGUGGUAGAAUCAAAGGCAAAUGAAUUGCCACCCACUAAUGAGAUGACGGAGAGCCCUCCAUGCAGUGCAACUAACGAGGCUAAGGACAACCUGGAGGAUCUUAUCGCUGAGCUAUAA